AUGCACAGAUUCGCUCGCGUAGAGUCCCAGCGAGGAGGGGGCCGACUGAAAACGGCCCGACGCUCUGCAGGGCCCACCCCAGCAUGCCCCUCGGUCUGCGCUGGCUUCCUGCUUCAGCCCUUCCGGUUCCGGCUCUGCUUUUCACUAAAGCGGAAGCCACCGUCGCCAACAGGACCCCAGUCCUCAGUCACUGCCAGGGCAGGGACUGACAGUGAGCCUAAGACUCCCUCCUCACACCUGCAGCGGUCAGCAGAGCACCCCAAAGGACGACUCAGCCCGACAAGUGAACAGAUCCCCAAGGAAGACUCAGCCCGACAUGUGAAGAGACCCCAAAGGAAGGCUCAUCCUGACAUGUGA